AUGGAGCCGGACAACAGCCCCCGGAAGAUCCAGUUCACGGUCCCGCUGCUGGAGCCGCACCUGGACCCCGAGGCGGCGGAGCAGAUUCGGAGGCGUCGGCCCACCCCUGCUACACUUGUGCUGACCAGUGACCAGUCAUCCCCAGAGAUAGAUGAAGACCGGAUCCCCAAUCCCCUUCUCAAGUCCACUUUGUCCAUGUCUCCACGGCAACGGAAGAAGGUGACGAGGACCACACCUACAAUGAAAGAGCUUCAGAUGAUGGUUGAACAUCACCUGGGACAACAGCAACAGGGAGAGGAACCUGAGGGAGCCGCUGAGAGCACAGGGACCCAGGAGACCUGUCCACCUGAGACCGCAGGCACACCAGCGGAGUCAAGGCUGGGUGCCUCUGGGGAAGCAAAAAAGCUUGCAGAAUCCACCCCGAACACUCAGGAGAGGGGCAGUGAGAAACCCAGCACAGACGAACUCUCAACCCAUAUACCACCACCGGGGUCCCAGGGAGCCAACUCGCAGGUCUGA